CUUAGUGAUGUACUUACCUGCCCGCUUCCUUGCUAAGCAGGUCUCAGUACGGCAUGUAUGGUGCCUAACAAUGGCGCCUGGAAAGAGCCCAUCUCGGCAGAAGAGCCGUAACGCAUGUGUGAGAAGCAAGCGAUCUUGCGACAAGCGGGCGCCGGCAUGCGGCACUUGCGUCAGGAGGCGACACCUAUGUGUCUACAGCGGCGGCCAGCUCGAACUGCCGCCGUCGAGCAACUCCGCCGAGCAUCUUCCGCUGGGCCUAGACCCCGUCGUCGAUCCCUCCGCUUCCUGGCGAGAGAGCGCUGCGCCAGACCACGCCGGCAUCUCCCUCUCCCUUAACGCCGACGGGGUUCUGCCGCUCGACACGCCGUCCGCCGUCGACGGCGCGUUCCAGUCUCUGUUGAAUGCCGUGCCCGAGAGCGGGUUUGGCGACGUCUAGGGACUGUUCGAUAUGCCGACGGAGAAGGCGCCGUCGCGGCAAGACUACUCUAGGAUGGUAUUCGUGUGCGUAGGUCGUUGCUGUAGUAGAUAGAUAUACACGUGCUCUUCCACUACCCGCCGGCGCUCACUGUACCGAUUCCUACCUAUCAUAGGACAGCUACACGC